AAUCCGUAUCAAUCCCCUCCAAUCCAUAUGGAUUGAAAAUAACCGAACAAGCCCUAAGGCAGUACAGUGCGGGUGUGUGGCCACGCCACCAACCUCCCGUAUAAAUAUUUCACUUACCCCCUCGAGAUCCAGAAGAAUCGCACACUCCGCCUUGCUUCACACUCGUCACCCUUUUCCCGUUUCGAGGACCCGGAGCGCUGCGCUUUUGUGCCCUCGGUUGGGAUUUCUGCUCGCAGGGAGUCGGAAGGAGGACGAGCUUCUGUCGGUGGACGGAGUAGGUUCUGCAGGGCCGAGAUGGUGGUGCAUCUGGUGCUUGCUUGAGUUGCUGCCUCGUGAGGUUCGAUCGGGUUUUGCUGGUGUCUGCUAGUAAGUAUAGGAGCUUAAUCGGAAGGAAGCAAUACUGGAGGAGACGAUGAGCUUCGGUGCCGUGGACAUGGAGGAGGAGAGCGGCGCCGCGGCGGCGGCCGCAGCGGUGGAGGAGAUCCGGCGGCUGCCGGCCGAGGUGAACUGGGAGAUGCUGGACAAGUCGCGGUUCUUCGUCCUCGGCGCUGCGCUCUUCUCGGGCGUGUCUGCGGCGCUGUACCCGGCCGUGGUGGUCAAGACGCACCUGCAGGUGGCGCCGCCGCCGCAGGCGGCCACGGCGACGGCUGCCGCCAUCCUCCGGCGGGACGGCCUCCGGGGGUUCUACCGCGGGUUCGGCGCGUCGCUGGCCGGCACGGUGCCCGCGCGCGCGCUCUACAUGGCGGCGCUGGAGGCCACCAAGAGCUCCGUCGGGUCGGCCGCCGUCCGGCUGGGCGUCUCGGAGCCCGCGGCGUCGGCCGCCGCCUCCGCCGCGGCCGGCGUGUCCGCGGCCGUCGCGGCGCAGGUGGUGUGGACCCCCGUGGACGUCAUCAGCCAGCGGCUCAUGGUCCAGACCCCGGACGCCUGCCGCUACCGCGGCGGCGCGGACGCCUUCCGGAAGAUCCUCCUCGCGGACGGCGUCCGCGGCCUGUACCGCGGGUUUGGCCUGUCCAUCCUCACCUACGCGCCGUCGAACGCGGUGUGGUGGUCCACCUACGCCGUGGCGCAGCGGUGCCUGUGGCGCGCCGUGGGGACCGAGCGCUCCGAGAGCUGCGCCUGCCUGAUGGCCGUGCAGGGCGCGAGCGCGGCCCUGGCCGGGGGCACCGCGGCGCUGGUGACGAUGCCGCUGGACACCGUGAAGACGCGGCUGCAGGUGAUGGAGGCCGACGCGGCGGCGCGGCCCACGCUGGCCAGCACCGUGCGCGGGCUGCUCAAGGAGGGCGGCUGGGCGGCGUGCUACCGUGGGCUGGGGCCCAGGUGGGGGUCCAUGUCGCUGUCCGCGGCCACCAUGGUGACCACCUACGAGUUCCUCAAGCGGCUCUCCGCCAAGGAGGGCUCCUUGGGCUAGAUCCUUCCUUGGCCGUCCUCAAGCGACUCUACGGUAUCGCCCGCGCGUCUCCGCCGUCCUCGAAGUCGAAGAUCGACGCGAUCGAUCGAUCCAUGGGGAUGAAGUUAAUGAUAAUUAGGAUCCUCUUCUCUCUUGUACAUAUUGCUCAUCAGGUUUAUUUCCCGUCGUUCUUGUUUCCUUAGAUCCGGCGCUAUAGAGGGUGGGCAGGAAGAAGAACUAGAAGGGGUUUUAGGAUGCAGAAUUUUGCUGGCCUUUGCUGUGGCCCUGCUGCCGAUGCCGAUGAUGAUGAUGAAAACCUGCGUGAAAUGCAGAACUUGUAUCCAAAGCUUGCGUCGAUUUCCCUGUCCAGUACAGUACUCCGAUGUCUUGCAUCUGCCAAUGGAUAGCUCUCAGUGGUGGUAGCUCUAGCCGCGUCAAUGUCAUGGCGUUGCUUCAUGGAAUGGAAGACCCGAUGCGCUUCUGCUGUCGCAUCGCUUCGUCU